AUGGCUUCUCUUCCUUUCACCUCCACUGCCAAACCUCACUUACUACCUCUUUCCAAACUCUCCAAACCCACAGAAUCCCAGAAAAUCACCCAAACCCAUUUCACAAAGCAUCAAGAAGAUGCAAAAAGCCAUCCCAUUUUCUUCAACAACUCUUACUUCCGCCAAAUAUCCUCUCUCUGCAAACAGGGCCAAGUCCCAGAAGCCGUUGACUUGUUCACCGAAAUGGGACUCAGAAACCUCCGAAUUGAGCCCGAAAUCUACGGCGAGCUUCUCCAGGGCUGCGUCUACGAGCGGGACCUUUCCACGGGUCGGCAAAUCCACGCCCGGAUCGUCAAGAGCGGCGAGUUCGUCGCGAGAAACGAGUACAUCGAGACAAAGCUCGUGAUUUUCUACGCCAAAUGCGAUGUUUACUCUGUCGCGAGUCGUAUGUUUCGGAUGGUGAGUGAGAAGAACGUGUUUUCUUGGGCCGCCAUUAUUGGACUCAACUGUAGGAUGGGUUUCUGCGAGGAAGCUUUGUUGGGAUUUCUUGAAAUGCUCGAAUUCGGGUUUUUGCCGGACAAUUUUGUCGUCCCGAAUGCGCUGAAAGCUUGCGGGGCUCUUCAGUUGGUUGGGCUCGGAAAAGGGAUUCAGGGGUAUGUUUUGAAAAUGGGUUUUGGCGAGUGUGUCUUUGUGGCAAGUAGUCUGGUUGAUAUGUAUGGGAAAUGUGGAGCUUUGGAUUGUGCACGCAAAAUGUUCGAUAGAAUGCCUGAAAGAAAUGUAGUAACUUGGAAUUCGUUGAUUGUUGGGUAUGUACAAAAUGGGAUGAAUGAGGAAGCUAUUAAGGUGUUUUAUGAUAUGAGAAUGGAAGGCGUUGAACCCACUCAAGUUACAAUGUCGGGCUUUCUUGCGGCUUCGGCUAAUAUAGGCGCAUUAGAAGAGGGUAAGCAGGGUCAUGGAUUAGCAGUUGUAGAAGGGUUGGUGUUGAAUACCAUUUUGGGGAGUUCCAUUAUAAAUUUUUAUUCCAAGGUUGGUCUGAUGGAGGAUGCUGAAUUAGUUUUCAGUAGUAUGGUUGAGAAAGAUGUGGUGACAUGGAACUUGAUCAUUUCUGGUUAUGUGCAAUUUGGAAAGGUGGAACAAGCAAUCGGAGUGUGCCGUCAGAUGAGAACGGAGAAUCUGAGGUUUGAUUCUGUGACUCUGGCAUCCUUCAUGUCUGCUUCUGCUGAUACGGCUGAUUUAAAACUUGGAAAGGAGGGACAUUGUUAUUGUAUUAGAAAUGAUCUCAAUUCUGAUGUAGUUGUCGCGAGUAGUAUUGUAAAUAUGUAUGCCAAAUGCAAGAGAAUUGAUUGUGCAAGACAAGUUUUUGACUCCAUUACAAAGGGUGAUCUUGUGCUGUGGAACACAAUGUUGGCUGCAUAUGCGGAAUUGGGUCACAGCGGUGAGGCCUUGAAGUUGUUCUAUCAGAUGCAGUUAGAAAGUGUGCCACCAAAUUUAAUAUCAUGGAACUCGGUGAUUUUAGGAUUUCUUAAGAAUGGCCAGGUCAAUGAGGCAAAAGACAUGUUUUUGCAGAUGCAGUCUGUCGGUGUUCAGCCGAAUCUGGUUACAUGGACUAGUCUUGUCUCUGGUUUGGCGGAGAAUGGUUUUGGAUGCGAAGCAAUUUUUGCAUUCCAGCAAAUGCAGGAGGCUGGAAUUAGACCAAAUGUUGUAAGCAUUGUCUCUGUUCUCUCCGCUUGUAUAGACAUGACAUUACUACAGUGUGGAAAGGCAGUACAUGGUUAUUCAAUAAGGCAUGCACUUGUCUUGUCAAUUCCACUAGCAACAUCUUUAGUGGACAUGUAUGCUAAAUGUGGGAAUAUAGAUCAAGCAAAGAAAGUGUUUGAUAUUACUAAUGAAAAGGAAUUGCCCAUCUAUAAUGCAAUGAUCUCUGGUUAUGCAUUACAUGGUCAAGCAAUGGAUGCUCUUGCAUUGUAUAGCAGUUUAGAGGAAGUAGGCACUGAACCGGAUAGCAUAACAUUUACCAAUGCCUUAUAUGCCUGCAGCCAUUCUGGCCUGGUCAAUGAGGGUUUGGAGCUUUUCGUUGAAAUGGUCUCGAAACAUAAUAUAAAGCCAAGUAUGGUUCAUUACGGCUGCAUGGUUAAUCUACUCUCUCGAUGUGGCAAUUUGGAUGAAGCCUUUAGGCUUAUCACCUCAAUGCCUUAUGAGCCAGAUGCACAUAUUUUUGGAUCAUUGCUUGCUGCCUGUAGGGAAAACAACAAUAUUGAACUAGCAGAAUAUUUGUCCAAAAAAUUGAUGGAAUUAGAGCCGAACAAUUCAGGAAAUUAUGUGGCACUGUCAAAUGCAUAUGCAGCUGCUGGAAAGUGGGAUGAGGUAGAAAACGUGAGGUAUUUAAUGAAAGGAAAGGGCCUGAUGAAGAUUCCUGGAUGUAGCUGGAUUCAAAUUGGAGAAGAAUCUCAUGUCUUCGUUGCUGGCGACAAAUCACACCCCAAAUUGGAGGAGAUCAAUUGGACAUUGUCUUUGUUAAGAUGGGAAAUUUGGUCGCUGGAACUCAACUAUUCCCUCUAAAGGAUUCUAGUUCAUGAGAUGUCGCUGCAAAUUUUGCAAACAAGGUUAACUUGCUGCAGCUUUCUGACCCUGU